AUGAUUUUAACUGCUCCCUAUCCAGACUCCUCUCCAGCUGAUGACUCAGGCUUGGACUGGGAGGAGUGGUACCGCUAUCCAUUGCACCGCUCAGGUUCAGCGACUUCCACAAGGAGCUCCGAUGCGCCUUCGCCGCGAAUCACCGACCAGUCUGGCCUAAUGCCACCAGCUCCACCUGAUCCCCACAUCAAAUACUUGUGGAAUGAAAGUGUGGACGUGAGCGAGAUGGGUGGAAUAGAACAGAACGAAGUGCUGCAACUGCGCAUGAUGCUCGGCAUCGAGCGAAUUUCCACGGAGACGCUGUCUCGUUACAAUGUCAGGGCACAUAUGGAUGGUUACGACCAGCCCGCUAUUCUCUACCCCAGAUAUCGUGGUCUAGCUUCGCGAAUUCGUAUCCCUGCCGGCCUGAAGGUUAUACGCAAAGUCGGUGAACGCUUGGAAAAGGAGAACUAUCCCAUCAUGGAUGAUCCUGUGUGGUACAACAACAUCCAUAAUUCUAACGCCUCAAUUCAGGUAAAAGCGAAUCCGGAAAUGACGCGAACGCGCGCGACCGAACGCUGCGUUCAAUGCUGCGAAGUUAUCGGUUUUCCGAUAGUUGUGCGAACUACUUAG